UCGUUCUUAACGACGAUGAGCUGCCACCACCACGGUCACUCGAGCUCGACCCCAUAUCCUGAACUCAACCCUGGGUCUGGUGCUAAAUGGAUCAAGAACCUCACCCAGGACCGCAUCGGCCAGUUCAACGGUGGUCAUUUCGGCGACGUCAACCUUGGAGCAGUGCUCUAUGAACGCAAGGAGGAUGGCCCGGACUUUGUUGAGCUGCAAGUAUGGAGUGCUCCAGGAUUGACCAAACCUCUGUUCGACGAGGCCAUGAAGCAGGAGUUCAAGCCAGCGAAGAAGGGCGACUCGUUUGGUCCCAGUUGGGUACACGCCUCAGCUCCUUUCACCCUUCACAUUCCGAAGGACUUCGAGAAGUAUGAACGCGUUACAUUUGAGUUCGAUCCAGGAUGCGAAGCCAUGAUAUUUGAUGUCGAUGGAACGCCAUUGCAAGGGAUCACGGGUGGUUAUGGGGGGGACAGACGCGUCGAGUACAUCAUCCCAACGGCUGCCCGUAAGGCCGGCAUCCACAAGUUCGUCAUCGAGAGCUCCUGCAAUGGAAUGUUCGGAAUGGGCGGCGGAGGAAUUGGUCCUCCAGACCCCAACCGCUACUUCCGCCUCGACAUGGCCGACAUCGUUGUCCCCAAUCAAGAUGCUUGGCGCUUGCUCUGGGACUUCCAAACCCUUCGUGAACUCGUCGACACUCUGCCUGGAAAUACCCCUUUGCAAAAUCUCGCGCUUUCUACUGCCAAUGAGAUCAUGAAUGUCUUCAAUCACAAGGACCUAAGCUCCAUCAAGCGUGCGCGUGGCCUUGCAGAGAAGGUUUUUGGUACUGGCUGGGAUACAGACACCGUUUACGAAGACAAAGGCGCCCCCAGGAGUUUAGUCUGGGGUAUUGGACAUUGUCAUAUUGACACAGCAUGGCUUUGGCCCUACCGAGUCACUCAGCAGAAGACCGCUCGUAGCUGGUCAACACAGAUUGAUUUGAUGGAACGCUAUCCAGAGCACAGAUUCACCUGUUCGCAGGCUCAACAGUACAAGUGGCUCGAGCAGCAAUACCCGUCUUUGUUUGAACGGCUCAGCGAUCAGGUUGCUGCGGGACAUUUCCACCCGAUUGGUGGUGCGUGGGUCGAACAUGAUGGAAAUAUGCCCUCUGGAGAGGCGUUCGUACGCCAAAUGGUGUUUGGCCAGCGAUACUUCCAAUCCAGAUUCGGUGUUCGCUCAGAAACCGGUUGGCUCCCCGACUCAUUUGGCCUUAGCGGAGCUCUUCCGCAGCUCUUCCGUGGGGCGGGAAUGAAAUACUUCUUUACUCAGAAGUUAUCAUGGUUUGUCUCGAACGCUGUGUGCUGGUUUCAUAUUGACGAAUGGGAUUCUCUCAACAGGAACAACAUCAACAACUUCCCCCAUUCGACGUUCAACUGGGUCGGCAUUGAUGGGACCCAAGUUCUUUGUCAUAUGACCCCUGUCGAUACCUACACAGCACAAGCCACUGUUGGCGAUGUUAACAGGGCCAUUUCGAACCACAAGAAUCUCGAAUCAUCUGACACAUCACUGCUUGUGUUCGGCAACGGUGAUGGAGGAGGCGGGCCAUUACCAAAGAUGUUGGAAAAUCUUCGCCGCAUCCGUGCUACGACCAAUAAUCAUCGAGAGUUGGCUCCUGUGGUUAUGGGUCGUUCUGUUGACGAGUUUUUCGACUAUCUUUCCGAGAGCUCGAAAGCUGGGAAGACCUUGCCCAACUGGCGAGGCGAACUCUAUCUCGAGUUCCAUCGUGGAACAUAUACCUCGCAUGGUUCCAUCAAGAAAGGCAACAGGCAUUCAGAAAUUCUUCUCCGAGACGUUGAACACGUCGCGACAUUGGCUUCCCUCAUUGGUCGCAAGAAAUACGUGUAUCCUAAGCAGACGCUUGAUGAUUCGUGGGAGAAGGUGUUGCUCAACCAAUUUCAUGAUGUUCUUCCUGGCUCUGCAAUUGGCAUGGUGUAUGACGACGCCGAAAAAUUGUACGCCGAAGUCAAGAAGGACGGCAAGAAAAUGAUCGACGAUGCUCUCGAUGUCAUCUUAGGUGGUGUUCAGCCUGCUGCAAGCGCGAAGACGCUUGAUGAACUGGUUGCCUAUAACACCACGUUUUUCCCUCGUCGGGAAGUCGUCUGCUUGCCCGUGACUACUACCGCCGGACUGCGAUCCCAAGUUGCGCAGUUGUCCGCAGAUGGCACUGAGGGCUAUGCGGUGGUCAACUGCACUGACGGAGCACGUCCUGCAGCGGUUGAAACAACACCAGUUACCGAGGCUUGGGGUUUUACUCCCGUAUCUGUCUACACUAAUGGCGCAGAUCAUUUUGUUCUUCGGAAUGGAAGUGUGCAGCUCACCAUCUCGCGCGGUCGGAUCACCAGUUUGGUUGACGUUGAACUUCAACGGGAGCUCAUCCAAGAGGGCGCGACUGGUGGCCUGAUCAUCUUUGAAGAUCGCCCGAACUUUUGGGAUGCCUGGGAUGUCGAAAUCCACCAUCUCGAAAAGGCAACACAACUUGAGUUCGCGAAUGUUUCUGUUGUUGCUCAUGGACCACUUCGUGCUGCUGUGCGUGCAGAAGUGCGCUAUGGGCAAAGUAAUAUUAGCGUUACGAUCUCGCUUGAUGCCGUUCCUGCAACGACAAGAGCUGGCUCCCGAGGCUUGCUCCGUUUUGAUGCCUGGGUUGACUGGCACGAGCGCCACGAGUUCCUCAAGUUCGAGCUGCCACUUGAUAUCCACAGUGAUAAUGCCACGUACGAAACGCAGUUCGGCUGGGUUCAGCGCCCAACACACAAGAAUACCACUUGGGACAUGGCCAAGUUUGAGGUCUGCGGUCACAAGUAUGCCGAUUUGAGCGAAUAUGGCUACGGCGUUGCUUUGCUUUCGGAAUCCAAAUAUGGCUUCGCCUGUCAGGGCAAUGUUUUACGGAUUUCGCUCCUUCGCGCUGCGACCGAACCGGAUGCCGAACAAGAUCAAGGGGAGCAUACCUUCUCGUGGGCGGUCUUGCCCCACAAAGGUCAUUUCCUCGAGUCGGAUGUGCCAACUGCGGCCUAUCUUUUCAAUUCGCCUCUCUACAUCCGAUCGCUUGGUGCCGGGACGUCUGCUCGAAGCCUCAAUACGACACACUCGCCAUUCAAUGUCACCGGCGCACCAAAUGUAUUCUUGGAGACGGUCAAAAGGGGAGAUGACGAUUUGACUGAUGGGACUACGAGCGUUGUGCUUCGGCUGUACGAGGCGUUUGGCGGACAUGCUCAUGCCCAGCUGCGCCUUUCUACUGGUCUAAACGUCGAGAAAGCAUACGAGACUAACCUGCUGGAAGAAGUCGUUCGGGAGGGUGUAAAGUCCCUGACUUUGCGUCAGCACGAUGGAAGGGAGGUCGGUUUGGAUCUGUCGUUCCGUGGGUUCGAGGUGAAGACGGUCAAGUUGAUAAUUGGGAAGAAAUCAAAGGCGGAAAAGAGGGACAGUUGGGUGACUGUCGAUGCAUGA